CUCAUCAUGGCAAAGGAUGGGGGCUGCUGCCAUGCCUGUGCCACCUGCCUGCUUUGCCUUUACAGCUGCCGCUGGUCUCGCAGCAAAAAGGGCAUGAAGACCAGCAAGUGUGACUGUGCCUGGUUUUUCUUCCUCUUCUGUGUGUGUCUUUUCACGCUGGCCUGGCUUUAUCUUGCCCUCGUCACCCUCAAUGACUUCCACAUCCUCAACGAAUUCCUCUUCCAUAAGUUGGAGUGGUGGCUUGAUUGGUCGGUGGUGAUGCUGUGUGGAACGGCGACUCUGGUCACCUACUCAUCCCUCCUCCUGGUUUUGGCGCUCACUCUACAACUUUGCCACCAGCCCUUGAAGAUCCAUUGGCUGCACAAGGUCCUCCUGAUCUUGACUGUGCUUGUGGUAGCAACUGCUUUUGUGGGACUGGAAAUUCAGUGGGCAGAGCAGUGGGAAAGCGCUCACAUUGCUUUACAGGCAACAGGGCCCUUCCUACACAUUGGAGCUGUGGUUGGUGUGACGCUGCUUGCCUGGCCAGUGGCAGACUGCUUCUACCGUACAUCCCGCUCAGCCCUCAGAGUACUUCUGCUGCUGCUGUAUCUAGGAAUUGUGAUUGCUUUGUACCUGGCUCCAUUGGGCAUUGACUCUCCCUGUCUUAUGGAGUAUAGCCAGCUACCCUCCAAGCCAGCUCUGUUUGGGCAUCGUGGUGCUCCCAUGCUUGCACCUGAGAACACACUGAUGUCCUUUCAGAAGGCACUCAACUGUGGUGUGCACGUACUGGAGACCGAUGUCCUAGUGAGUGCUGAUGGAGUCCCUUUUAUCAUGCAUGAUGAGAAGCUCACCCGGACAACGAACGUGCAAGAACUCUUUCCUACUUGGGCCCAUUCCAAUGCCAGCUCCUUCAACUGGACCGAGCUGCAGCAACUGAAUGCUGGCAGCUGGUUCCUGCAGAAGUCCCCCUUCUCCCCAGCGCAAAGCCUCUCAAGCUCAGAACAGGCCAUGGUGCACGAACAGAAGAUCCUAUCACUGAAUCAGUUGCUGGGAGAGGCUGCGAGACACAACACAUCCGUCAUGUUCGACUUGCGGCCUGAGGAGGACCCCCAGUAUGAGCACCUUGUCAAUGUUACUGUGGAGACCAUCCUCCGGUCAGACAUUCCCCCUGAGCUGAUUCUGUGGCUGCCAAAGGAGUUUCGAGAGCAGGUAAAGCAGCAGGCACCGAAGUUCCAACAGGUCUAUGGCCGGAAGAGGCUGAACAAUGAGUCGAAUGAGUUGCUAUAUGUCAACCUACCCUACCAAAAUCUGAGCAGCACAGAAAUCAGAGAAUACCGCCGUGACAACAUCUCUGUCAACCUGUAUGUGGUGAAUGCUCCAUGGCUCUUCUCGGUCCUGUGGUGUGCAGGAACCAGCUCAGUCACUACCAAUGCCUGCCAUGUGCUGCAGAAGAUGAAGCGCCCCCUCUGGCUGCUGCCUCGCGCCACAUACCAAAUGAUCUGGAUUGUUACCGACUGUGUCUCCUCACUGCUGAUUGGCUGGGCCUUCCUGCUGCUGAAAAAGUGGUCCCGGAGAAAAGAGUCAGCAGGUUCUGACUCAGAUGUGCUACUGACGAAGAUCCACAGCCUUCUGUCUGAGUGACAGGGAAGUGGUAUGAAGAGAGCUCCAGGAUCUGC